GUGUUAGGAGACAAGUGUCCUCUUUUCCUUCGUCCUCCUCCUCCUGCCGAACUUGCGCCUAGUAACUUCACGGUCUUUCUAAGCCUUGGUCACAAGCUGACAAAAGAUGGAGUUCCAAAAUAUGAUGGGACACCUGAGCUUUUGCCUCUCUACAAGGAGGAAGCUGUUCAGUACCUGAUGACGUUUGAGCACAAAAAGCGUUACUUAGCUGGACCUAGGCUUCUUCAGGAGUUAGAGGGCACGGCAAAGGUGGCAGUGAGGAACAAGACGUUGAGGAAUCCUCAAUGGCUUUCGCAUCCAAGGGGGGUCUACGUCCUUCUUGAGCAUCUAGAAGAAGUAGUGGCAAGGCCUAGCUUGGUAGAGGCUUCAAGGUUCAUCAUGAAGUUCUUCUAUGGGUUGCAGAGAAAGAAGUCAGAGACGAUGACAAGCUGGAUCACACGACACUCAGAAGCACUUUGGGAAGCGUCUCAAGCCUUACGGAAAGUUCAGAAAGAAUAUGGUCACAAAGUCAGUGAAGAGGCAGUGAGCAUCCUGAAGUCAAUGAGUUCCCAAAGGUCCCAAAACAGCAGGGCGCAGUCCGAUACAGGACCAUUCCGGGAGGAUGGCACCAUGACAGAGAACGAUGAUCCUGAAGAAGAACAACGAGACUGGUGGAGCAACCGAGGCUGGUGGGAUCAUGGGUGGUCUGACUGGUCACAAGGUUCCUGGCAUUCCAAGGAGUAUGACCCACCAGAAUCCUGGGAUGCAUCAACCGAUGUAUUCCUACCAGAGUUCCUUGUGGGAUUCCUUCUGCUGCAUCGCAGUGGGCUGGACACUCAUGAGAGAGCGAAUGUGCUCGCAGCGAUUAGGGGUGAAUUCAGCCCAGAAAGUGUUGCAAGGGCUUUGCGAGAACAGUGGGCAGAUGAAGACCUUUUGAGGAGAGACAGGAACAAGUACGGCAGCGCUUUGAUGGCAGACCAGGAGGAGGAAAACUGGGAGGCGAUGAUAGCCGAAGACCAGUACCAUGAGAUGGAGAAUCUGACUGAAUCUGAGAAAGAAGCCUACCUAGCAGAACAGGCUAAGGUGGAAGAGGCCAUGGCAGUGAUCAAGACACAAAAGUCUACCUUGAGAGAGGCAAGGUGGAAACAGAAGCAACUGAAACUGGGAAGAGGAUUCUACCCACCAAAGCCUUAUCCGAAUCCGAAGGCGAAGAGUGGAGCAAGCCCCCUUCCCGGAGAUGGUUGCUUUCGUUGCGGAGGACCCCAUCGAGCCAGAGAUUGUCCAAAGGGCAAGAGUCCAAAUGAUGCCAAGGUUGCAGAUGAGGAGGCAGAGAUUGUCUUCUCUGCGACAAAGAUCCAGGGAGAACAUGAGGGCAAGUCUGAACCCGAAUAUCUUGGGUUCGUGGGAGAAGAGGCGCUUGGGGCGACGCCUGCUGGGGAGGUGAUUCGUUCAUGCUAUGGAAUCAUAGACAGUGGAGCUACGUCGUCACUGGGGUCAAUAGAUGCUUUAGAGGAGGUCAUGAGAGCCAAUUUGGCUACCCAUGGAGAAUCAAAGAUGACCAUUGACACAGAGCACAAGCCGGUGUUCAAGUUCGGCAAUGGCCAGAAGAAAGAGUGCCUCUCGACCAUCAAGAUGGGCAUCGGCGCAGGAGAUCGGAAGGGCAUCAUGGAAGUUCAUGUUCAUGACUCGCCCCAGCAACCUGUUUUGAUUUCCAGAAAGGCACUCAAAGGGCUAGGGGCAGUGAUUGACUUUGAGCACGGCUUGGCCAUCUACAAGAAUGUGGACAACAAGAGGGUCGUCCGCCUGACUGAGGCCAGCAAUGGUCACCUUUUGAUGCCACUCACAGGAAAUCUGUUGGGUGACAGCAUGUUGCGAGACACCGCUUUUGAAUCACUUUUGGACCAUUAG